UCUUUGCUACCCCUCCCUCCUUAACAUAUAAAAGAGGAUGGGAUCACUGCAGGAAACGGGACUCGGGGUCUCUGGCUGGGAAAAUCUUUGGAUCUGAAAGAACGGAGCACAAACUUGACAAAAUGGACCAGAUUAAAAUAAAACAACAUUCAUUUGCUUUGGGCUUGUUGCUGCUGCUGCUGCUGUCUCUGAACCGAAGCCACUCUUCUUCUCCUGAGAGCCUUGCUAGAAUCCUGGCAGAUUGUUUGAAUGAUGCAGACUACAAAGCACUAGAAAACAUAAUGGAGAAAGGCCUUCCAAAAAUAACUGAACCUUAUCGUGUUGUUAUCGUUGGGGCUGGCAUGGCUGGACUCACUGCUGCCAAACUUCUGCAAGACGCUGGACAUGAGGUAACCAUUUUGGAGGCAAGUGAGCGCGUUGGAGGACGGGUGUUGACCCACAGGAAUGAAGAAGAGGGCUGGUAUGUCGAAUAUGGGGCCAUGAGGAUCCCAAAUUCUCAUCACAUUCUGCUGAAGGUUAUCCACCAACUGAACCUGACAGUGAAUACAUUCAAUAUGACUGAUGACAACACCUAUUACCUGGUGAAUGGGAAGAAGCACAAGACUUCAGAAGUGAUGAAAAAUCCCAGCAUCCUGAAUUAUGACGUACCAGCGAACGAGACAAAGAAAAACGCCAGUGAGCUGCUGCAGGAGGCAUUACUGGAGGUGAAAGAUUAUAUUAUAAAUCAUACAUGUGAGGAAGCUCUCAAGAAGUUUGAUCACUACUCUGUAAAGGAAUAUCUGCGAGAAGAAACCAAUUUGAGUCCAGAAGCCAUUAGGAUGAUGGGAGACAUACUGAAUGAAAACAGCAUCAUGGCCAACGCUCUGACUGAGAUGGUUUACCUCAUGAAUGACGUCAACGACUCUGUGGUAUACAGCGAAGUGACUGGAGGGACAGAUCUAAUCCCCAAAGCUCUUUACAAAACUCUCAAAAAGGACACAGUCAAAGUAAACUCUACAGUCAAGAAAAUCUACCGGUGUGAGACAAAAGAUCGAGUCGUGGUGUCGUAUCAGUCUGACCAAACAGACGGUCUUUCUAAUAUUACAGCUGAUGCGGUUCUGGUAACAACCGCUGCCAAAGCAGCGCUCUUUAUUGAUUACGAUCCGCCUCUCUCCGCCUCCAAGAUGAAGGCUCUGAGGUCAAUCCACUAUGGAGGCUCCACCAAAGUUGUCCUCACCUUCAGUGAAAAGUUCUGGGAGAAAGAAGGCAUCUAUGGAGGAAAGAGCGUCACUGACCGACCCUCUCGAUUCAUCUACUACCCCAGCCACAGCUUUCCAAGAAACGAUAAGAUCGGCGUCCUCCUGGCUUCCUACACCUGGGCUGAAGACUCCAAUCUCUUCCUGAGUUUGAGCGAUGAGGAUCUGAAAGAGUUGGUCCUGAAAGACUUGGCAUUGAUCCACGGCGACCAGGUCAAGUCCCUCUGCACCGGCAUUCUGGUGAAGAAGUGGAGUCUGGACCCCCACAGUCACGGCGCCUUCGCUCUCUUCACUCCUUACGAGCACCUGGAGUACAAUGCGGAGCUCCAGAAGAAUGAGGGCAGAAUUUAUUUUGCUGGUGAACACACAGGCUUCCCCCACGCUUGGAUUGAGACGGCUAUAAAAUCUGCAAUUCGAGCAGCCAACCACACAAAUACUGAUGCAAAGAAACACCUAAACUCGGCCAGAGAUGAGCUGUAAGGCCUUUAAUCCUGAGCCAGUUGCAGAUAUUAGGGAUCUUGAUUCAUUUCCAAUGUUUCUGAGCUAUCUCUGGAUGUUUAUUAUCAUAGUACAUGUUAUUGCUAUUCUGCAUGUUAGUAGUUUUUGGCCCCUGAAUGGCACCUUUUAUAGUUCUUCUUUGUGCAAGUCAAUCUUCACUGAUUUUCAAAAAUUGAUCAAGAUAAAGAACUUUACAUCAUUUUGGAAAAAGAAACCUUUUUUCCAAGAAACUUUUUUCCACCACCUGUAUAUGUGGAACCGGUUUUGUUUGUUUGUGGAAUUUGUGGGAUUGUUUUGGUGCAUUUUCUUUCCUUAAAGGCAAAUUUUCAUCUUUAUUUUUGUUUCUGUGCUUAUUCUUCAAGAUCUAAAGUACCUAUUAGCUAAAAGUCCUUGCAGCAUUUUUAUAUAAUCUGAAGCAUUUUACAAAAGAA